AUGGAUUUGGCGGGGUUCGGCCUGGAGCGAGUGGCGAGCCUGGAGGAGGGCAGCGACGCCGAGGACUGGGAGGAGCCCGCCCGCCACGACGCCAACGGCGCCACGGAGGCGACCGGCAACGACUCCGCUGAAGCCGCCGACGGGGAGAGUGAAGAUCGAGGCGCUGGGGACGAGAGGAGGGAAGGCAAUGGGGAGACAGAGGAGGAGAAGGAAGAGGGGUAUGACGGAGAAGGGAUGGGAGGGGAUGUGAAGGGCAGCGGUGGCGAGGAGGCGACGGGACGAGACCCGCGGGGUGAUGGCGGCAAGGAGGGGGGAAUGGCGGAUGGGGGGACGGGGCUGGGCGUGAACCUGGACUUUGAUGAGGACGACGGGAGUGACUAUAACGAUUCCAGUGACGGUGACGGGGCCGGGACGGGGAGUGACAGAAGCGGAGAGGAGUGGAGAGGAAGCGAGGGGGGGGAGGGGGGCGAGGGGGGGGGAGGGGGGCGAGGGGGGGGGAGGGGGGCGAGGGGGGGGGAGGGGGGCGAGGGGGGGGAGGGGGGCGAGGGUGGGGAGCAGGAGCAUGCGAGUGGCGUGAAGCGGAAGGAGCGAGGCGCGGGCGAGGCAGCAGAGGGGGAUGAGCGGCCGGCGAAGCGGAUGGAGGCGGGCGGGGCAGGCGAGGCGGAGGGGCUGCUGGUGCGCGUGGUGGCGGACCACUACAGCCGGCGCGACAACCAGCAGCGGCACGAGCGCGAGGCGAGUCCCAUCAUCCACCUGAAGAAGCUCAACAACUGGAUCAAGUCCGUGCUCAUCCGCAUGCACACCCACCCCGCCCGUGGCGCGCGCGUGCUGGACCUGGCGUGCGGCAAGGGCGGCGACCUGACCAAGUGGGCGCGCGUCAACGUGGGCUUCUACCUGGGCGUGGACGUGGCGGAGGGCUCCGUGCACGACGCCAUGGCGCGCUACAACGGUGACUCGCACCGCGGCCUCGCCGGGGGGGAGGGGGGGGACGGAGACAGACGGCAGAUGCGCUUCCCGGCGAAGCUGGCAUGUGCGGACUGCUUCGGCGUGGCGUUGGACCGCGAGUUGCUGCCGUGGGCGCCCUUUGACAUCUGCUCCACGCAGUUCGCGCUGCACUACUCCUUCGAGACCGAGCAGCGCGCUCGCUGCGGGCUGCGCAACAUCGCAGCGCUGCUGCGGCCGGGCGGCAUGUUCAUCGGCACCAUCCCCGAUGCCAACGUGCUCGUGCAGAAGCUGCGCGCCUCGCCGAACCUCAGGUUCGGCAACUCAGUCUACUCUAUAGAAUUCGCCCCGGAGUUCACCUCGAAGAAGUUCCCCUCGGCACGGCCGUACGGCAUCCGGUACGAGUUCCGGCUGGAGGACGCGGUGGACUGCCCCGAGUGGCUCGUGCCGUUCGCCUUCCUGCAGCGCCUGGCGGGCGAGUACGGGCUGCAGGUGGUCCACCACGCCAACUUCCACACCUUCAUCAAGACGCACGCCGCCGUCGAGCCGCACGCGUCACUGCUGCGGCGCAUCGUGGGCGAGCGGUGGCGCGAGGAGAUGACGGCGGACGAGUGGGACGCGGCGUACCUCUACUGCGUCUUCGUCUUUCGCAAGGAGGGCACUGCUGGGGCUGAGGGGGGUGGGGCUGUAGGGGAGAGGAGGGAGGAGCUGACACGUCAGCGUGCUGAGCUGGCGGCGUUCUUCCACGUGGGCAUGAACACGUUCACGGACCGCGAGUGGGGCACAGGCCGCGAGGACCCGCGGCUGUUCGACCCGGCGGCGCUCAACGCGACGCAGUGGGUGGACACCGUCAAGGCCGCCGGCUUCCAGCUGGUGGUGCUGACGGCCAAGCACCACGACGGCUUCUGCCUCUGGCCCUCCGCGCUCACCAACCACUCCGUGCGCCGCUCGCCCUGGAAGGCCGGCCGGGGGGACGUCGUCGCUGACGUGGCGGCGGCGGCGCGGGCGGCGGGCGUGGGGUUGGGGUUAUACCUGUCGCCGUGGGACCGCAACGCGCGGGCGUAUGAGGAGGGCGCUGCGGGGUACAACGCCUUGUAUGAGGGGCAGCUGCGCGAGCUGCUCACCCGCUACGGGCCCGUGGCAGAGGUGUGGCUGGACGGCGCCAAGGGGGACCGCCGCCCCAUGACCUACCACACUGCCACGUGGCAGGCUCUCAUUCGGCAGCUGCAGCCGGCAGCGGCGGUGUUUUCAGCGCAGGGCCCCGACAUGCGAUGGGCGGGCAACGAGCGCGGCGAGGCGGGCGAGCCGUGCUGGGCCAUGGUGAACGGCAGCCAGCUCACGCUGGAGGGGUGGGACACGGACCAUGCAUGCCAUCCCAACCCCACACCCCUACAUCCCACCCUCCUAACCACCCAUAACCCAUCCGCCACCUGCAGCUACCUGAACCACGGUGACGUGGCGGGCACGGACUGGAUGCCAGCGGAGUGUGACGUGUCCAUCCGCCCGGGGUGGUUCUGGCACCCGUCAGAGCGCCCCAAGCCCCCCGCCCACCUGCUGGACCUCUACUUCGCCUCAGUGGGGCGCGGGUGCUCGCUGCUGCUCAACGUGCCGCCCAACACCACGGGCCUGCUGCAUGGGGAGGACGUGCAGCGUGUGGGGCAGUUGGGCCGCGCGCUCUCAGUGCUGUUCCAGGAGGAGGUCAGCGCCGGUGCUCGCGUGCACGCCAGCACCGUGUAUGGCUGCGAGGGGGGAUGGAGGCGGAAGGAAGAGGAGAAGAGGGUUUUACCAAGGGAAUGGUUUGGGUUGGGGUUAUGGGGAUGGUGGGGGGGUUGGGGGCGAGGGAGUGGGUGUGAGUACGGGCCUGAGAAUGUGCUGAGUGCUGGGGAUGGCACCUUUUGGGCGGCCGAGGAUGGGGUGCUGUCUGCCACUGUCCAGUUCGACCUCGGGCAGGUGAAAACCUUUCAUGUGGUUCGGCUGGAGGAGCCUGUGGCGUACGGGCAGAGAAUAAAAUCGUUCACAGUGGAGGUGCUCGACCCAGACCCUGCUGGUGCAGCCGCCGCCAUUCCAGCUGCCCCUGCGGCCGACGUUGGUGGUGCCGGUGCUGGUGGGUGUGGGCCAGGCGGGUGCAAUUCCGGGGAUGGUGUGCUGCCGUCCCUACCUGCGCUGCCGGGCCUGGGAGAGCAUGCGCUCCACACACUGCAUGGCGCCCAGGGGGCGGCACGCAGCAUGCUGGGGAGGACAGGGAGUGCUGGGAGGGCGGGGGAGUGGAGGGUGAUAGCGAGGGGCAGCACGGUGGGGCGCAAGAGGCUGUUUCGGUUGGAAGCAGUGAGCGCGCGGCAUGUGAGGCUUGUCAUUCACGAUGCCAGGGCUGUCCCGCUGCUCUCCUUCUUUGCGCUCUACAGAAGCGGCGAUUUGAGCACCAUAUGA